AUGGCGAAAUCGAGCGCAGACGAUGCGGAGCUCAGAAAGGCGUGCGAGGCCGCCAUAGAGGGCGGCGGGAGCAAGGAGACUGUCGUGCUGUCGAUCAGAGUCGCCAAGAGCCGUGGCGUCUGGGGCAAGGCCGGCCGGCUUGGCCGCCACAUGGCCAAACCAAGGGUUCUCGCCGUCACCAGUAUGCACGCAUUCUUUCCCUUUUCCUCGCCUCCCCGGGGCUCAGUUCUGGUCGUUGAUCCCGUCUCCGAUGAUCACGAGCAUCACGGCCUCCUCAUAUUUUUGUCCCGCCGCGCCUCACCGGAUCUCUCGACGGCGUUACCGGGCACAUUCGUUUUUCCUUUCACUGCGUAUUUUGACCGUUGAAUCGGCCACCUGAAAGGCCGUAGGCACUCUUGAUCCCGUGAAUACUUUAUAACAUUUCGGUCUCCGGUUAAUUCGGGAUCGCAGAAUUGAACUGAUUACGCUGCCGAGUUCACCGGGGAAAGUAUCAAUGGGAAUUCCGGCCAUAGUAAAGGUGACAAAGUGGUCGGCAGUAUUACUUGAAAACCUGAUUUUGCCUCGGGCAGGUGACAGUUGAGUUAGCAUUGAAUUCGAAGACGAAGCAGCCAGAUGCAGCUGACCUUUAGACAGGUUUUCUGUGACAGAAGUUUUAGUUAGCUUGCAUGUGCAAGGAGGUUUCCGUCGUGCUAGUCUGUUACUGGGAAGCACGGUUCCUUAUUUCUUACGAAACUAGUGCAGCAUAAAAACUGAUCCUCUGGUUGAUCAGACACCCGACCCAACUUCGAUUAAUUUCUACAUUCUCCAUGGUGAAGUUAGUGGGAGUCAUAUGGUGGAAGCAUGCCUCAUUGCGUUCUGGGAAAAUGGUGGGACGAGCUUCUGUCUCUGCGGUCGUUUGAUGCGUUAGUGUGGCCAUUUCUUGUGCAAUCUUGAAGGCCCAGUAUCACAUCGUGCGGAUCAAAACAGGAGAUCAAUUCUAUCAGUGUGAAGCUUCCUUUAGAAACGAUCAGGUUGUCACUAGAAGAGGCUGGUAUCUUGUUGUAGCUCGGUGGUCUCCAAGGAAAGUUUACCACUAGGGGAGUAUAUCACUUCAUCAGGGAAUACUUUAAUAUACUGUUACGUGGUAGCUUCUAAGUGCCAGAGUUAGAGAGAUCAUUCAAGCUUACAGAGAUAGCGAAUGGUAGAAUAUUAUGCUGCAAAGGUGUCCCGAGGACCAUAUUCUUGGAUUAUUUUAUUAGAACCCGGCAAAAAUAUUUGUUUUAUGUAUAGAUUCAAAAAAGACUGGGGAUAAAAUGAUGAUGAUAACCAAGGGCUAAAAAACUCAUUAAUUGUAAACUUCUCGUUCUGGUCUUGUGUUGUUUUUCUAAUUUGAUCCUUUAUUUGCCUUAGUAGCCGAAUUUUCUUCUAAACUAAAGUUCUUCUUGUCAUAUAUACACUGAUUUUAUCUUCAAACUGCUAUUUAUAGACAAAUUAUCAUGAACAUGAUAUCCGAUGCGUCAUUCAAUGACACAAGUACAUUCAGUUUUAUAUUUCAAUCACCAUAUAACAUCAUCUUCAGAAACCUGGAAAUUUUUAUGGCUUAGACUACCUCAAACUGUCGAAGAAUAAUCAUAUGGGAAGAAUUUGCAUCCUUGGAAACGAUUAUGAAUUUCUUCAGUUUUGUGUUAAGAUUUUUAUUCUUUUUCAUUAGUCUGCACGAUGGGUUUUAAAAGCACCAGUUGAUCGGCUUGCUUCUAGUGUUGCAUAUAAAUAUCUGAAAGAUGGAACAUUCAUAACCUUGUUUUGUAGACAGGCUUAUGUGAUGCUUAUUGAAACUCCUAUCUGAUAGUAGUAUUUUUUAAACAAGGUUACCCUAUCAUAUACUUAGGUUUCAUGUCAAUACCAAACGGGUGACAGAUUCUGACACCCGAUUUGUUAUUCGACCAUCUUCGGAUUAAAAUCAAACGUUUCCCCUGUACAUCUCUAGAAGCCAUGUACCUGAAAAUAAACCUGUAUUGAUUAUACUAUGGCAUCAAAUAGUUCUGACCGGUAAUUGUUCAUGCAGCCAGAUACUCUUCCAAAACCCAAAGAACAAAAGCUUUCCUCCAUGUCUUAAAAUAUUCAUCUGGAGGUGUGCUUGAGGUACCUUUUUCUUACCAAUUAAGAUCUAUUUAACACAAUUUUAUUUAUAUUUUUUUCGAAACACAUAAAAUUUUGGAUUGACGGUUGCUCGCAAUUACUGUUUCUAUCAAUGUUCACUUUCAUAUGCCGAUGAAUAUAUCGAAUUUAUUUUUUGCAAAAUAAAGAAAAUAUCUGGAUCCUGAAGAAUGUGAAAAAAUUGGCAAUGCAAUGCCAUCUGAUCAGUAAAAUAUCGGAGGCAGUUGCCCACAGUACUAAUGGAUUUCAACAAUAAAAAAGGAUCAUUUUAACUUGUUGAUGCUCAACCCUGAUUGCUCCAUUCUAAAAGAACUGUAUAUCUAGAUUCUGCAUGCAUAUCUUUUCUGUGCCCCCCUUAGCAUCAACAGCAAAACUUCGUGUCAGUAGGUCAAUUGUUAUUUAUCACUAACAUACUUCCUGCGGUUGAAUGUGCAGCCAGCAAAACUUUAUAAGCUAAAGCAUCUCACCAAAGUGGAAGUUUUUCCAAAUGAUCCCAGUGGUUGUACAUUCAUGCUGGUAAUAUUUUAGAUUCUUGUUUACCAUCACUAUUUCUCUAUGUGAAGAAGAAUUUUGUCUUAUUCAAAGACUUUUAGGGUGAAAGGCCAUAAUUUACCUUUCAGAUAACUGGCAGAUUCCCGACCAUCCUCUCACUGUUGUGUGGCUCUUGCAGGGCUUUGAUAACCUCCGGAGUCAAAGUGUCGCUCCCUCACAAUGGACCAUGAGAAACAUAGAUGACCGGUGAGAGUUAGUUGAGAGAUAUGACUUCUUAUAUGCUUGGUGCACAAAUUAAUUGCAAGUGUACCUCUGUUUUCGGCUUACUAAUCCCAUUGCUCUUUUAUUGAGAAGAAGUGCCAUGUUUACAUAGCUAAGAUUCUUCACCUUUUUUUCCUCUAGGAAUCGUCUUCUUCUUUGCUUCUUACACAUCUGCAAAGAAGUAUUGGGUCACAUUCCCAAAUUUGUGGGCAUUGAUAUUGUGGAGAUGGCUCUCUGGGCGAAGGUGCACUUCUUUAUCCCUUCUGUUUUGUUAACAUUAUGUUAUCCUAGCAUUUACUGAAUACCAUUUCAGGCAUCGUUCAGUAGCUAAUUUGAUUUUUUUUGGAUUUUCUUCUCCUCACAUUAUAUGUUCAAGGAUAUCAAGACAUAAAAUGGAUCAUAGUUCGUUUCCUUCGUAGAAACUUCUCCUGUAAAAAAAUCUGGGACUGAAUGGAUCCAUUCUUUUUGAGGAAAAACCACAUUUCAUUCUCUCAUCAUCAUCCACCCACAGUUGGGGACGCAUCUUAUUCUGCCAUUCUGUUCACAUUCGUUUGGAAUCAGAAAAAUGUUUUGUGGAUUUGGAGUUAUAAAUUAUUUUUUUGUGCUUUUCAAUUUGUCCUUAAUGCAAAAGGUUGAUGGUUUUCAGAAAAUAAGAAAAUGUAGGUACUUAUUGACAGUUUUGACCCAAUCUUAAAAUUCAAUCAAGUACAAUCUUUCAGUCUUAUUCGUGUUUCACAAGUAAUGCUAGUAUCUUGUUUGAAAUCCUCAUGCAGCCAGAUAAAAUUUAAUGACUUUCUGACUAAAAACAGGUAAUCUAUCACGCUUGUUGGUUGAUUGGAAGCCUAGUGGGUUAUUUCUAUAUCGAUAUUAAAAUCUUUUGGACGUUCUUUUCUUAGGAAGAGUCAUCAUUAUACUGCGUUUAUAAAAAAAUUUCCUUGGCAGCGCAUCAUAUUACAUUAUUUCAAAAUGUAUUGCAAUUCUAGUAUUACGUUAACAGUUUUGGAUGACCGUUAUUUUGAAAAUUUUAUCCAGGAAAAUAAACCCUCUGUUACUGCUCAAGUCAAGGCAGAAGAUGGACCGGCUGCAGCUCUGACAGCCCAAAUUGACUCAGAAGUGACUGUGGAGCAAGACCUUGUUUCACAAGCUGAGGAAGAGGACAUGGAAGCACUUCUUGGCACGUAGGUCUUAUUUUACAUCCCAUAUUUCAACAGUUUUCUUUGUUAUGAUUCAACUAUUUUGUGUUAGUCGGCUUGGCAAAACAUUUUAGAAGGUUUCCCCGAGCCAAUUUGCUCGUGGUUCAAUUUCAUAAAUUUAUACUUUGCUAAAUUCUAAUUGUUAGUGAUUAGACUAAGGUGUUAAUCUGAAUGUUGGCGUCUUGUCUCUAAUGUCAAUCAUGUUCUAGUUAAAUGGCUUACUUUUUUGUUUAUUACAAUUUCUCAUCUUCAACACAGUAGGGCUCUUGGCUUUAGAUUGAAAAUAGAUUGUCAUCUGUUGAAUUGGGCACAGUAUGAAUGUUUGUCUUGAAGGCAGUUGUCUAGAUGGAUGGACUACCUUUGUUAGUCGUAUAUGCGUGAGCAGUUUUGGCUUCUAUAGCUGUUGUAAACAUAUUGUUUAUCAAGUCUCGAAUUUACGUGAAGUAGUUAGUUGACUUGGCAUGUAAUACAUGUUAUUUGUUUGAAAGUAGCGCUCCUACUAAGCCCAAAAAGUAGGCAAGGUCCUGAGACAUAGUCAUCUAUAGUUUAGGCAAAUCUGAUAGUUGCCAUAUAAGUAGCGCUCCAGCUUCUUUGUUUGCCAUAUAACUCAAACACAGCGCUUCUUUCCAGAUUUGUCAUGGACAUUGGUGAAGCAGAGGCAUUUUCUGAAAGAUUGAAGCGAGAACUUCUUGCUUUGGAAGCAGCAAAUGUUCAUGCACUUCUGGAGAGCGAGCCUCUGAUAGAAGAGGUACGAAAUAAGUUCUUACAUGUGUAAAAAUUUCUCCAUGAUUUUCUUCCACGUAAGUAGCAGUACAUGUCACAAUACAUGAAUUUUGUGUAUAUUUCUCUUUAGCUCAUUAUUUUUCUGUACAGAAUUACUUUUUGUUCAAUUUUUUGUGCUCUCAUUUGAAUUUGAUACCCUCAUUAUUUCCUUGUUCUUUUCAACCCCUUGAAACGGACGUAUUUAGAUAGGUACAGUCGUUAACUCAUUUCACCAUGAAAACUAUGCAGGUAUUACAGGGACUAGAUGUAGCUACUGUCUGCGUCGAGGAUAUGGAGGAGUGGCUAAGUAUUUUUAACUUGAAGCUCAGACAUAUGAGGGAGGAUAUUGAAUCGGUACUGCCUUUACAUUUGAAUAAGGAUUUUCAUGUUGACGUUAGCAUUCUUCAAGUUUGUCGGCAUUACUUGAUUGAAGUAAAAGUUUAAACAUUCAUGCAGUUGGGUUAUUUUUUUGAGAAGUGUGAAUAAGAAAUCUUCGUUGGUCGGUAGUGUCUUCAGUGCGUUUUUAUUUGAACCUGCCCAAGUUGUGCUAAAUGACAUGAGGUGCAGGCACCUGCUAAAGUGGACAUAAAGGUAGGGCUGUGGUUAUAAUAGAGUGCAAGAAAAAAAAAACGGACAAUAUUGUAGAAUUUUUGGGAGUAGAUGGCAUUAGGACUAUGAAAAAUGUGGCAAGAUUGCAUAAAUGGGUAUUGUUAUGAAACUGCAGAAAUUGAGAGACAAUAUCACAAGAAGAAAAUAAAAUUGGAUAACUUUCUCUUUAUAAAAAAUAGAGAAAAGCAUGAUGUUACUGGUCAUAUUAUUACUGUGAUAGCCUUGAGGGGAGCGCUAAUUAAGAGGAGAUCAAAGUAAAAGAUGUGCAUACAGCUAUCUUAAUGAUGAAAUAGAGCACCUUGCUUCGAAAUACAAUUUUUUUACUAAGAGCCUAAUUAGCAAAGGAUGCAUACUUUUAGGGCUGGUAAGGGGUUAUGCAUUCGCAACUUUUUUCUCGAAAUAGGCUAUCGACUGUAGAAAUAUCUCGUUUUAAAUGCCUGCUAGCUUAAACAUAUUCAGCCAGUUCAGGGCUUGCUGGUAUUCUUACUUAUAUGGUUGAUGUAGCUGCGUUGAUGACAUGGCCAACAUUAGGUUUAUUGAGUUAUUUUUACACAAAACAGUCUUAUUUGUUGGGUCCCUUUCAAGUUGUGUUUUCUGAUUGCUUCAGGGGAACUGGGUUGUGUCCCUUCCUAUGUUUAUGACUAACGUCACAAGCAAAUGAUCCCUCUUGCUUUUCUCAGGUGUAAAGUGGUAGAAGGUUGCGACGUGUAUAAUGCAGCCUCCCAUUAACACUCAGCGAGAUGUUCCCCUUGACUUUAUACAUCCAAUCUGAUAACGUGGUGGCGACUGUGUAGAACGAAAAUUAUGUUGAUUUAGUUCAUAAUGAGUUCAUAAUUAGUCCACAAUCCGGGGCAUCUCAUGAAUUUUGGUAGCUUUACAUCCUGUGGUAUUGCACAUUUCCAUUUUUCUCACACAAGUUAGUGGGGUCGUUUUUUUUUUUUUUUUGCAUAAAUUACGUGAUGUUUUCCGCAACGUAUGUUUCUUUCAUACUAGACUAUAAUUUUUAGCGUACCAAUUAUGUUAUGUCUGCAUUUUUGUAGAAUUAUCGCAUUUCCUUGUUGAUAAUUCCAGAUAGAAUCCCGAAACAACAAGUUGGAGAUGCAAUCUGUGAACAACGAAGCACUUAUUCAGGAGCUUGACAAGUUACUUGAACGUUUGCGUAUUCCUAAUGAGGUAUUUUCUUUGGACAACACAGUUCAAAUUUAUAUGAGCCAGUCAUGGUGGAGCUGUUUUUCUUUCGUGACAUGUUUAUAUUUCAUGAUAUAAAGGAGAUAGGGAUGUAAGAUGUCAUGGCGAUACAUUAGCCUCAGGUCUGAUUAAAAUUUCAUUAUCCCAUGCCGUCUGAUACCUGUAAACUACAAGCUUGUGCUUGUCCCAUAGAAUUAAUGGUAUGGAGACAAUGUUGGACUGUCUGAUAAUUUCCCGUUUAUCUUGUUUCUUCAUGCCAUCUGUCAUAUACAAGUCCCACGAUUGUGAUUAACAUACCUAUAAACUAUUGGUAGGCAUCUGUUCACGUGUCCAAAAUGUUACUUGUUUGGAUUGCUACCUAUUUCCGAAUUUGACGACGGUCUCAUCUGAGGCAAUAUUUCAGACCGAAAUAAGCUUCAUGAUUUCAGUUCUUUGUGUUGUCACUUACCACUUAUAUCCUUGUGUGGAGGGGCAUGUCUUUUAUUUUAUCUAUGUUGAUGGCAGUUUGCAGCAUUUCUAACUGGAGGAUCAUUCGAUGAAGCACGUAUGAUCAAGAAUGUUGAAGCUUGCGAAUGGCUAACUGGUGCAAUACGUGCUCUUGAAGUCCCGCAUUUGGACCCUUGCUAUGCAAAUAUGCGUGCUGUAUGUCUGCUGUCUUCCUUUAUAGUUAAAUUAGAAAAUUAUGCCUGGGGGAUCUGCAUUUCAAAAAAGUUAUGCUCCUGUUUAGAUAAUGGCGGCAUUGAAGCUACUUUAUUUUUCUUGUAAAAGUGUGAUCGAAAAAGUUUCUUCCGGAGGUUGAUGUAUAAACUCCUGCAGGUCAAGGAAAAACGUACAGAACUCGAAAAAUUGAAGAGUACAUUUGUUAAGCUGGCAACAGAAUUUUUGAGGGCCUACUUUGCCAGCUUAGUUGAUUUUAUGAUCUCAGACAAGAGCUAUUUUUCUCAGGUAGAUCUUGGUCCAGUUUUGUUUAGUUGUUAGCAUGUUUAAACUUUUUUCUGUAAUUGCUGAUUCAUUGCUAUUUCUUUGGAUGCAUUCAGCGAGGUCAGUUAAAGAGGCCUGAUCAUGCUGACCUGAGAUAUAAGUGUAGGACUUACGCACGGCUUUUGCAACAUUUGAAGGUUGCUACGUUUUUAUCAUCCUUGAUACUGUAAUUGCCUCUUCUCUUUUGGCUGACUUUCCUUAUUUACUGUAAAUGUUCAGAGUCUUGACAAUACUUGCUUGGGUCCUUUGAGGCAAGCUUACUGUCGUUCUCUUAAUCUUCUACUUCGUAGAGAGGUCAGUGAUAAACACCCCUGAUCUGUUCUUUUGGUGCGUUUAGUAGAUUAUUUUACCUUAAAACGUCCUUUCGUUUCUGCUUUAUGCACAUUUGACGUUUGUUUGUAUUGCUUGUAAAAUAUAUGGACAAUUAGAGUUGCCUCUGAUUUUGACAAGGGGACGGGAGUCUCCUGCUCAUCCUUGCCCCCUUAUUUUCUUGUUUGAAGAAAGGCUGCACCGAGAAAUUCGUUGGUAUCCUUCAAAAAUACCAUUCUCACCCUAGGCUUUAAGCUCCACAGGACAACCUGUGACAAAAUGUGCCAUAGUUUCAAGUCGGUACAUUAUCUACUUAGCCAUUAGCCUUUGAACCAAACAGUAAGAUAUGCCCGAAAACUUGAACCUAUCAUUCUGUCAACUUCUUAGUCCUAUAGGUUAUUUUAAAAAUAGAAGGAGAUUAUCAGGGUUAACAUUCGUCUCCCCCCGCCCCCCCCUACGUGGAGAUGGGCUUGGGCAUUACACCAUGGGAUAUACUUUUGGCCGACCUGACCUAUAUUUUAAAAAAUUCUUUAACCCAUUGUGAUAGCGAGUUAUUGAAUUCAUAUUCUGAUAGACACUAAAGCUCGUUCUCGAGCUGAAAAUGCAUAUCAAUUUUUGUUUAAGCUCGUUACGGAGAAUGCAUGAGAUUGGUGCUGAAAUUGGACAAGAAAACCCCCUGAGUUGAAGCCAGAGUAGGAAAUGCGACUGCUGAAGGCAGUGUCGUACGGGUUGGCAUUGACUUUAUUGUAGAUGCUGGAGAUUAAAUCGGUACGGUAGAAGUUGGCAUUAAAGCAGAAAUAUCAUAUAAAAUAUGGAGCUGAAAUAGUAGAGUUUAGCAACGAAGGCAAAGCAAGAGUCUCCAGAUUUAAUCUGUUGCAGUAGAGCUAGUCAUUAAAGCCAAAGAAGGAGAUUCUAGAGUUAAGCUGGUGCGGUGGAGUUUGACAUUAAAGCCAAAGGAGACUCCAGACUUAAGCUGGUAUUGUAGAGUUUGUCAUUUUAGCCAAAGUACGAGUUUCCAGACUUAAGUCGGAUCAGUAGAGCUGAGACAAUAGUUUUCUGUGAGACUUCUCCUCCUUGUGUCUUGAGAAUAGAAUUUCACAGAAGAGAUAUCAAAUGGCAAAGGAUCAAUUCGUGAUUACUCAUGUCUCACGUUAUGAGUGACCGAGCUUACAUGCAGAUGCGGUGGUUGCAAAGGUUCACAAGACUUGAGCAACAUAUGCGGGAGCUGAUGUUUCUGCCUUUCUCACCCUAAAAAGAUGAGGAGGUCGAGGACAGCGGUUGCAGUAGCGUCAGGAGAAGUUAUAGGGAACCCGAUUCUUAGGCUCAAAUCACGCAUUAGAUGUUAAUGUUAUCGUUCGCAGCUUCUUCUCCACCCAUUAUAUGUAGAGAGGUGAGAGAGUAUUACAUCAUAAGACUUUAAAUAGGCUGACCUAAUAGGCUCAUGUUCUAAAAUGGCUCACUACCACAUUGUGAGAGUAAGUCUAUUGGAUUUAUACAGUAGUAAACUCUGAGAACUUCUACAAACUUCGAAUACCAGCAAACUUCUUUAUGCGUUAAUCAACUGCUAGGUGUCAUGGAUGUAGCCGAGCACAAUGUUGAGAGGAAACUCCCCUUCUGUGACAAAGAACGUGCCCAAGCUGUGCCUUUUUUUGUGGGUAGGGGAUGGUUAACACUGGCAUUGCUUUGCUGCACAGUGACAAGCUUCAAUAAUCUCCUCACCUCCAAGAGGCCUUGAGAGAAUGAGAGGUCAGCUGUUUUGUGACACAUAUGAGAGAAGUUGGCCAGAACUAGUUUGAAAUUGCCGCUGUUGGGAGAGAUUAUGAGAAAGAUGGUAGGUAAAGAAAUGAGAGUAAUACCGCAUUCCAACCCUCAACAGUAUGAACGGUUCAGUUUGUGACCUAAAACCUCCUUCGUAGAAAGGCUUGCCUUUGCUUGUGGUGUGGACCUUCUUGUGUGCUUUCACGCCAUAGACAGAUUGAUUCACACACAUUCUCAUAAUCUUACAGUUGUGUUAACAAGGGAGAGAAAUGGGACGUGAACUUAUAUUAUAAUGCACUAAUUUCAAUAAUCGAACUUUGAUCCGUAUUGAAAUCUGUCGUCUUCAUUUUUAUUUUAUUUUUACAAUAUUUUAUGUUAAAUCAUAUUCUCUUCCCAUGAAGCUGUUUCUCCUCCCGGUAGCAAUCGUGCGUUCAUCAAGCCAUUUUACUCCCAAGUUAUUGUAUACAAUCAGAUUGCAUUCCCUGCUUUCUCAGUAAUAAGUAGUUUGUAUCAGUUAGUGUUUUGGCUCAUGUCUAGCACUGAAAUUAUUUCAAAGAGUUUGCCUGGCUCCAUCCAUGUCGGCAAACAAUUUGAAAUAUCUCGUUUUUUUAUAACUAUGUAAUCUUUUAACGAUACGACUUUUAGGAAAUUUCAUCAAAUGAUUUGGGGUAUUUUUGCAGUGACUUUCAUCUGCUGGCAUAUGUCGAAGCGACUUUUAGACGUGUAGAUGUGAAAAUAACAUUUAAAGAGUGUACUAGAGCUUUACCAUUUUCCGAAAUUGUUGGUCAUGAUUAUAUUCUAAGUAUCGCAUUUACUUUUGUAUUCUUUUUUCUUGACUUAGUGUUUGAUUGUUUGUUCUUGAUGUUUCGGCUUUGGGUGGAAAAGAGUGAGUACCUUUGGCGUCCACGUUGAAAUUCUGUUAACUACUUUCAUUCGGACCAUUGCCUUUGUGGCAAUAAAAUAAAUGAAGAUUAUUCAAUGAGAAAACAUCUUUCCUUUGAUAACCGGAUGUAUGUAACAACAUACAUGCAUUUACGAACAUGCUUCUGGCCUUCUAUUGUUUUGCAGGCUCGUGAGUUUGCACAUGAGCUUCGUGCCAGUACAAAGACAUCAAGAAGUCCUAGUGCUUGGCUUGAACCUUCUUCAGGUUCCAGUCAGCCAUCAAAUAGUGCGGAUACUUCAAAUGUUUCCGAGGCAUACUCUAAGAUGCUUACCAUUUUUAUUCCUCUUCUUGUAGACGAGGUUAAUUUCUGAACUCUCUGAUGUAUUUUGUGCAAUAAGGAUAUUACGGAUAGAAAAUAGUUAUUUGUUUCCUGGUGGUCUAUCGUACAGAGUUCUUUCUUUGCACAUUUCAUGUGCUUCGAAGUUCCCGCACUUGUACCGCAAUCCAUGACUGUUGGUGGUGAUGGAAAUGGAGCUGAUGAAUAUGACAGCAAUGAUAAUGACUUAGGGAUCAUGGAUAUUGAUGGAGACGACACAAAAUCUGGUAAAUUUCUCCUCCUGGUAACUUGUCUAAAAUAUCCCUAGCAUCUCCUUUUCAAAUAGAAGAAAAUCGAAUUUCCUUUGAACUUUCAUGACAGGUGGCAAGUCUGCUGAGUUGGGUGCAUUGAAUGAAGCUCUUCAUGAACUGCUUGACGGUAUCCAGGUAAAAGGUUUUAAACAUCAUUCAACAUUUUCGGUCAGCUUUCGUUCCAAUUAGAUGUUCUCAUCCGUUAUUUUAGAUGAGCUAUUCUGGGUUUGUUGAGUUAUUCCUCAUUUCAACUUAGAAGUAGCUACGAUGUAAUGUUCUGGCAUUUGUUCUGUGAUUGGGUAGACACAGGUCAAGUUCUUAAUUGGAAUCCCAUAGCACUUUCUUAAAAAGGUGGCUGAUUUUCUUUUCUGCCGUGAAGACUUAAAAGUCUAGCAUGGAUCGGAAAAUCGAUUGAUUUGUAUUGUACAUUUUUUCAUCAGGAAGAUUUUUAUGCCGUUGUGGAUUGGGCUUACAAGAUUGAUCCUUUGCGCUGCAUAUCGAUGCAUGGUAUUACAGAACGCUAUCUAUCUGGUCAGAAAGCUGAUGCAGCAGGAUUUGUCCGCCGCUUACUUGAUGACCUUGAAACAAGGAUUUCUGAUCAGUUCACCAAGGUAGGACUUGCUUUCUGUUGUUGAUCUGUUUUUUUCUUUUCUAAACUGUUUUGUGUACUUGACAUAUUAUACUGCUAUUUCUGAUCACAGUUUGUUGAUGAAGCUUGUCGUCAGAUUGAAAGAAACGAACGUAAUGUAAGGCAAAUGGGUGUUCUCUCCUACAUCCCUAGGUAAAAAGGCAUCUCUUUUAAUUAACCAUCUGGCGGUAACAGGCUUUCUUGGUUUUCUAGCGGAUCUUAUGGAUUUUAUUUUUAUCCUUUCUUUAUAUGGUUAGGUUUAAUCUCUUGUCGUGGAAUAAAUCUCCAUUUUACCUUGUCCCUUGGAUAUUCCAUUUUAAAGCUUUUGAGAUUGAUAGAUCAUUGUUUUCGUAAAGACUUUACAUAUGGCAUGAGUUGCAUUUUUCUUGAACUUGUUGAAACGGGAGAACUAGAGGAACGGUCAGUUUUUUCGUGGUAUCUUUGAUCGCCUUUUUUUGUGGAACUUGCCUUUUGGAAUCUGACCUCGACAAACUUUUACUGGCUACCCAUUUUUUCAACUUAAAAUCAUACAAAUUAUGAUAGAUGUCCUUUGCGACCACUUUCCUCCAGAAAACAACUUCGUGUAUGGAGUAAUAUACUUCUUUUUUUUUAACCAUAAUAAACUUUUUUCUUUUUGGAAAUGAAGGGCAUCUGUGAUCGCACAAAUGACUCAGAUCACGAUCCAAUAGUUCUGUUCUGUCGUAAAAUUAAUAAGGUCAUCAAUUCUCGAUCCUAUUUAAUGGCGUUUUGAUGUUUCUAAGUUGAUUUCGGUCGAGACACAGUCCCUUUGAUUGGAAUCGGAUCAGCCUUGCUUGGUGCAAUCCACAGUCUGCGCUAGUGUAGAUCUGUUGUACCCGCAAGUUCGUGUGCUUUUUGUUUGUCUUCCAAGCCUAGUUACGCCAGCAUCAUCAUCAAAUCUCAUCCCUUGAACUUCGGUUCAUAAGCCCUUCUAGUCGCUAAAUAAUGUGGUUCCUUUCCAAAAUCAAAGCGUCACAAUCAUUGCAAUGAUGGUAAAUUCAGGUUCUCGUGGCCUGUGAAAGGAGAUCCUCAAAUUCGGCUCUCAUGGGCAGGUCUUUUUCUUUUUUUUCCCCCUUCUCUUAUGAUCAGAUCAAUCAAGGGCUACAAUUUCCAUCUCUAGCCUGGAUUCGCCUCAGAACUUUGGUUUGAACUUAUUGUGUAAAUUGAUUUUGUGUUCCUUCAAUGGAAACUAUGAUAUUUGGUUGUUAAUCUAAUUUAUUUUACUUGACUAUUUACUCACAAAUUCUGUAAUGUUUGUGUUAUUCAUCUAAUCAUAUUCAGGUUCGCGACUCUUGCUACUCGAAUGGAACAAUAUAUACAGGGACAAUCGAGGGACUUAGUUGAUCAGGCAUAUACUAAAUUUGUGAGUAAACUUUCUAUAAUGUCUUUUAUCUCUCAUCACCCUUAAAAGAAAUAAAGUUCAUGUCACUUUCAAACAUUCGCUGGUUGAGUUGAGAAAUUGAUGUACCUUUUUUUUAUCAAAACUGUGUAUCCUUCGUCAUAUAUCCUUUUCCAUUUUUGGAAAAUAUUGGAAACAAUAACUUAUAAUUUUGAAGUCGGAGGAUAAAUCUGGAUCUCAUUGUUUAAACCCAACGUGCCAAAAGGUAUUUUGGUUUAGCUUUUUUAUCAAAGCAUGGUCGUAUCUGAUACAAACAAAGGUAAACUUUCAGCGGUAUCAGUUGGUACAGCCUAUAAUUAAAAUAAGUAAUUUUUAGGCAGAUUUGGCAGGAGAAGGUGAUGAUUUGGUGGGGAGAAAGGUCAACGAGAAAAGUGAAGGGAGAGAUGGGUGAAAUCCUCAGUUAGUCUAUAACUGUUGGGUGAACUGCAUCCACCGACCUCUUUCCUUGCUACACCAACUCUAUAUCUUGGCGUUUACAGUAAAAUUUUGUGAAAAAAACUGAUAGUUCAAUUUAGUUCUUUGAUGCAAACCAUUUCUCGACAUGCUUUGAAAACGGGAUUUGUUGUCUGAUUCUUUUCUUAGUCAACCCUACUAAUUUAAAACAAUAUGUCUCUCUGUUUGGUAUCAAUCGGUUGUUAAUUAGUCUUCUCCGACUGAUAUAGAGCUAUGAAACUGCUCUUUCAAACAGGUGAGCAUCAUGUUCGUCACUCUCGAGAAAAUUGCACAAGCUGAUCCAAAGUCUGCUGACAUUGUGCUCCUAGAGAACUACGCUGCCUUCCAGAACAGGUAAUCGGAGCGUUCUCAUCUAGAGUCGUUUUAUCAUAUUUUAAUUUUCCUUUUUAAUAUAUACUGAACCGUAAAAAUAAAAAAUAAAAAAUAAUAAUACUCGUCUUGUAUGUUCUUCGUACCGAAGAAUGAUUUCAUAAAUGCACUAUUCGUCUGCAGUCUUUAUGAUCUAGCGAACGUGGUGCCCACUCUGGCGAAGUUCUACCAUCAGGCCAGUGAAGCCUAUGAACAAGCCUGCACACGCCAUAUCACUGCGAUCAUAUACUUGGUGAGACUUUAUUAUAUAUGUAUAUAUUUUAUCACUGAGUUACUGUGCCAGCCUGUAAUCCAGGUUUUUAGAAAAUAAAUUAAAUCCUCUGAGAGCACAUAUAUUUAUUUGAUAUAUAUUUUUGGCUGCAGCAAUUCGAAAGAAUGUUUCAGUUUGCCCGGAAAAUCGAGGAACUUUUGUACACAAUUCCCGCAGAAGAGGUGAGAAGAGCCAUGAAAUCUGAGGGCUUUUCGUGUGAUUUUUCCCCUGAUAACUUUAUUUUUCCAUAAAUUUAUCCACUUCCCUCUCCAUGUGAAUUAUCUCCAAAACAUUUGGAAAACUCUGCGACUAAGAAGCUAUCCAUGGCGGCAAGCCAUUGACCACCUCCUGUCACUGCUCAAUACAUUGCAGGCAGCCGGGUGCUAGGAGUAUCCCACUCGUUAGCAACUUAGUCAACCAUCUCAUGAUUCGAAUACGGCUCCGAUCGAUCCUUGCUACAAUCUGUUUGGUUAAUGUUUUUGCCCCGGACUAGUCAAUGAAUGGGCUCCUCAUUUUUAGGGUUCAUAAUGACAGAAGUAGGAGGAAACUUGGAAAUUAUCUUGACAUGUUGACCGGCCGAUGAUGUGGAGAACCAGAGGCCUGCCGCACUGCAUGAAUCCAUCCCUCUCAUGGCGCCUCUCGUCAACUGAAAGACUUUUCCCCGGUUUCAUCUCAGGUCUCCUACCAGAUCGGCUUGUCCAAGAUGGAUAUGAGGAAGACGAUAAAGGCCAGCCUGUCGAAUGUAAGUAAAAUCACAAGUCUCAUGCGUUGACCUCUUGGAGGGCACAGCGGAAGGUGAAUGAUCUUUGCUGCAGGUUGACAAGUCCCUCGCGAACAUGUACCGGAAGCUACAGAAGAACCUGACCUCGGAGGAGUUACUAUCAUCCCUGUGGGAUAAAUGCAAGGUACGUCUCAUGGAUAUUAGGCGUUGACUCUGCUGGCGCCCGCGCCCGGAAGAUCUCAAGCUACUCCCCUCCUCUUCUUCUUGCAGAAGGAGUUCCUCGACAGGUACGAGAGCUUCUCUCAGCUCAUCGGGAAGAUCUACCCCGACGAGACCACGCCUUCUGUGGCGGAAAUGAGGAAAAUUCUUGCCACCAUGUAA